CACAGUUGUAGAGGCUAUGUCGGAAGAGCUAGCACAAAAGCCAAGGUCUUCCAGCGGCAGCUUGUGGUUAAGGUUUUUUGGGGUGUGUGUGAAGUGUCUCCCUCUCUAUGGAUAAGCUUUGGGGCAGCAGGUCCGUUCUCCCUGUCUUCACCUUAAACACAGAUUGCAGGGAUCUGAUAACCAUCCUUCUCCUCGCAGCCAGGUGCCUAUACCCCACGCAGGCCUCUCCUUUGCUGCACUGAAUAGCCAGAGGAGCCCACAAUGCGCCCAGAACAGACUCUUUCUUCAUCCUCCCCAGUGAAGAGACCGCAAUCCCCAGCAUGCACUGCUCGCUGUCUCACACCAGUGGCUACGAGAAUGGCAGCGCAUAGCAUGCUGGGAAUUGUAGUAUUCUCGGUAUCGCUUUUAGAACAGAACUCGUCUCUCUCAGCCAAUCGGGGCUCCCCUGGCAGGGGGCGGGUUGAACUCGAAGGCGCGUAUUGCCUGAUAGUAUUGUCAGUCCCGCUUGUCUCUCGGCCCUAGCAACUGAAGCAUCCUAACGACGCCUGCAGCGUGGAGCACAGACCCCAGAGCGGACCCCUGAUCCUGCAGGCAGACAGAAAUCUGAAAAAUGUUAGAAAAUGCAAAAUCCAGCAAGACCUCUGCACUAAGUGCCAAAGGCUCAGUAAAGAAACUUAAAGGAGAAACCAAAGCUAAAGGAUCAGCCAAAGGCAAGCGAAAACAGCUUGGUAAAAAAGAUGAGGAAGAGGACAUAUCUAUGGCUAGCAUAGGCCACCCAGAGAUCUUUCCAUUAGUUUUCACUGAAAAGACACAGGAAAUUUUAAAUUGUCGAAUUAAUGAAGAUAUCACAGAAGAAAAACCUUACAAACUUCUGAAAAAAGAGGACAUAAUUCAGGAUAUGAAGACAAGAGCUGCAGUCUCCGAUUUCCACCCAGUCAAAAAAAUAGUCCUAGAAUAUCCAGGGGAAGAACUUCUGAUAGUUUUAGAUACAGAGUUCAAAUAUGGACAGAACUUUUAUCUUGUUGCAACUGAAGAGGCCAAGGAAAGCUUUUUAAAUCCUCCAGAGGCAGUUGAAGAAGAGGGAGAGACUAAAGAAGGAACGACAGAGGAAUACGUUUAUAAGCCUCCUGUCCGCAAACCUUGGGUCUCCCUUGGCAGUGAAAAGGAAAUUGAAGAAGAAUCAGUUAAUGAAUCUGUUAGAAAGAUUAAAUAUAUGAUUUCUCGAGUGCGAAGAGAGUUUGGUUCAAAGGUCAAAUUUACUGAUAGAAAUGCUUCAAGGGUGAAAGAUGGCUACAUUGAAUGUACAUCCUAUCAGGAUAAAAAUUUCAGCAUUAUGAAACUUGAAAAAGAUGUUGGUGCACAAGUCGUUCCAAAAGUAAGGGAAAUGAGUACGCAAACAAAGUGGACCUAUCCAAGAAAUGCAGCCACACAAUACUUCCCUAGAGAGUUCUCAGAUGAAGAAAAAGAGCUGUGUUUGUCAUCUGAGGAUCUGAAAGAAUUUAUUAUCUCAGUGUUUUUAAGAGUGGAAAUAGCAUUGCAGCAAAAUGAAAUUAUGAAUGCCUUUUUUGAUGACUGGAAAGCAUUAGCAGAAGAUGAAAGUGCCUUUGGUGGCAAGUCAGAUGCUUACCUUAAGGAAUACCAAUCGUUUACAGACCUGCACUAUCUGAAGCAUAGAACAGUUAGCUGUGUUUGCUGGCACCCAACCAUUUAUGGGAUUAUAGCAGUGUCAGUAACAGAGCGGCUUUCUUAUGAAGAACGCAUUACCCAAUCUGGUAAACUGUUGUUGCAGAAGUCACCAAUUCUUUUUUGGAGUUUCUCUGACCCUAUUCACCCUCAGUUAAUGCUGGAGUGCCCUGAAGAGGUCUACUGCUUUGAAUUCUGUCCAUCUGAUCCCAAUAUCAUUGCUGGAGGCUGCAGGAAUGGACAGGUUGUACUGUGGGACAUUUCUGAGUAUGAAGAAAAGCUGCAGAAUGCUAAAACUGGUGCUGGUGGAAGCAAGAACACCGCUGUUAAUAUGCCAACGUUUAUACAAGCACAACAAAGUGGUAAGGAACCACAUUUUGUGAGAUAUUGUGCAGUCUCUUCUAUAGAAUAUGGCCAUAAAACAGUAAUAACAGAUAUACACUGGCUGCCAGACUAUUUUGAGGUUAACAGAAUGGGCAUUGCUUUUGAAAACAGAACUGGAGUUUGUGUGCAGCUUGUAACCUGCUCUCCUGAUUGCUCCAUAUUAUUUUGGGAUCUUCGAGCCCCCAAAACUACUAUCCAGAAUUCAACUGAGAAGGCAAAAGAUGAGAAGGCUAUCGAGGCUCCCCCUGAUGUGCCGACUACUUUUAAACAUCUGGAUCUCUCCUGGAGACCUCUCAUUAAGGCAAACCUAUCCAAGAGCGACACAAGUGGAGACUAUAGUCCUACUAAAAUUAGCCUAGUGGAAGAGCAUUUCCAUUACAAAAUGCAAGAUAAGAUGCAAUACCAAAUCAAACCAGAAAUGUAUGGAGACGAAAAUCCUUAUAAGCAGUUAAGGGUCCCUUCAGCCAAACCUCUUAAGAUACUGGAGAAUAUCGCCACCAACUUUUUUGUUGGAACUGAAGAUGGUGAAGUUAUUUAUUCCGACUGGAAGAUGGAAAGAGAGAGUGACUCAGGAAGGCUGAUUAGUCAGAAACCAGCUAACAAAUACACCAUCCAUGAUGGAAUUGUCCAUACUAUACAAAGAUCUCCAUUUUUCAAAGACAUCAUUCUUAGUGUUGGAGGCUGGAAUUUUGCCAUAUGGAAAGAAGGUGUUACAAGCGGCCCAAUCCUUCAAUCAUGCUGCUCAUCAAAAAGAUAUACUGUAGGACAUUGGUCCUUAUCAAGAGCAGGAGUUUUCUUCAUUGGUAGAGAAGAUGGAAAUAUUGAUAUUUGGGACCUACUGGAGAAAACACAUGAGCCAUCCCAGACCCAGAACAUCUCUAUAUCAAUGAUCACCUGCAUCAAACCCUGGAUUAAAGGCUAA